UAUUAAUAUUAACUUAUUACUAACGAUAGGCCAAGAUCUAGAUAUCUAGAUUCAUAUUAUAUAUUAUAUAAAUAUAACUAAUAUAUUAUAAGACACUAUUCACUAUAAGUAGGCCUAUAGAUCUAUUUCUGCUUUAAAGAUGAAGGAAAAUGAGAAUGUUAGAAUAGUUGGUUCCAAAGUCAUAUUGGUACCAUAUGAAAUUUAUCACGUUGAAAAGUAUCAUAGUUGGAUGGAGUCUGAAGAGCUUCGACAGCUCACAGCUUCUGAACGACUGUCCCUCGAAGAAGAAUAUGAAAUGCAAAGGAAAUGGAGAGAAGAUUGUGAUAAGUGUACAUUUAUUAUUUUAAGUAAAGAAUCUUAUCUUACAAGCAGUCUGUCUGAGACAUCCAAAAAAGAAAUAGAAUGUAUGAUUGGUGAUGUGAAUAUAUUCUAUACACCAAAUUCACAUGAUCGAUCAGAAGGUGAGGUAGAGAUUAUGAUAGCUGAACCUUCUGCUAGAGGCAAAAGUAUGGGUAAAGAGGCUGUAUGUUUAGUGAUGAAAUAUGCUCAAGAUAUAUUAAAAACAACAUUGUUUACUUGUAAAAUUGGGUUUGAGAAUACUACAAGUCUGCAUCUGUUUCAAUCAUUAGGAUUUAUAGAAAUAUCACGUUCUGAUGUCUUUAAAGAGUUAACUUUAUCCUUAAGCGCUACAGAAUUUAAAAGAAAGGGUUUUCCCUGGCUUCAGAAUUACACACUUGAAAUAAUAAAAUAACAUAUU